CUUUUUUCGCGAUCCCUGCAUACACAAACAAGCACGCACACCUUCCUCUACUGCCAAGCUGCUACACGCGCGCAUCCAUCCAUCCAUCCAUCCAUCCAAGAGGCAGUCGCACGCCUGACCCUCGGUUUCAUGACGAGAUAGUGUAGAGCAAGGACGCUGGGGUGAAUAGGGCGCACGAUAACCAUCGCGAGGUACGAGGAGAAGCCACGGGGCCAGCCAUCGACCGAGCCGGGAACGCGGCCCACGGACUAGACGAUGGCGACGACGGCGUCCGUCUACAAUGCCUCGCGCACCACCCGGCAGGUGCUCAAGCGGCACCGAAAGGAGGCGCCCAGCCUCGUGCUGCACCUCUUUACCAACAACUUCCGCUUCGAGAAACAGAACGUCACAUUCUCGUGUGAUGGCCCAAUGAAGCAUCUCCUCGGCUUCAUUCGUGAUCAGAAGGUGCCGGCCGACCUGACGGACCUCUUUGACGAGGCCAAUGUGCCCUUCUUUGAAGGCUGUCUCAUCAUCGAGAUCCACGACCACCGGCCACCUUCGUCGUCUUCGGCGUCCCCGCUGCCUGCUUCACACCUUGCGAAGAUCUCAAAGGGUUCAGGAAGCCAGCAAGAUGGUGCUAAAGGGCGAGUUGGGGAUCGCAACAACGGCGACGAUGACGAUGACCCCAGCGCAGGCCCCUCUCGCUCACUCAGUCGGAGCCUUGGCGGCAACUAUGGCUACUUUCAACGCACUGGCAACCGCGCCUCUGGCAAUGCAGAUGGGUCUGCAGACGGGCGAGCAUCGCCAAAUGUCUAUCGUGUCGUCCUCUAUCCCACACCCGAGACACUCUGGUCCGAUCUGCGGCAGCUGAAUCAAGGCCAGGGCCACAGGCUGUGGUCCGACGACGAGGCCCUCGAGAUCGAAUCAAGGAUCCUCUCUUUGACUUCACCACCACUCUGCCUCACGCCCGACGUUCAGGCAAGUCGGAUGGCCAAUCUUACGCUGAGUGCCACGGCGCUUCCAUCUGCCUACAACCCGUCCUCUUCGGCCUCGUCGGGCCCGCCGCUGCCGUACCACCGCCAUCAACAGCAGGCGCAGACGGCAUCGACUCGAAAGAGGGGCAUCAACAGCAUCGAGAUGGAAGCCGACGAGGCCAACCGGAAAAAGAGGGACAAAAUCAUGCGUCUCAUGGAGUACGGCGGCGAUCGUUCGGCCGCCAUUGGCAGAACAAAGGAUGGAGCAAGUGCAGCUGCUGCCAGUGCUGUGGCCGGCACUGGUGGAGGAUUUGCCCCAACAUUUGGUCGCAUCGCAUUUAUUCAACGCUGGAAGGCCGCCAAGGACAACGAGGCCAGACGAUCCGUCGAUGGAGGCGGUCGCCUGCCCGAUGCAUCUGCAGGAGCAGGAGAUGGCGGCGAGAAAAAGGCAGCGACAAAGAAAAAGAAGAAGAGCAAAUCCGCUUCUGCAGCGGCAGCGGCAGACGAUGACGAAGAGGAGCAAGUACCGCCCAGCCCGUCACCGGCAGCUCAACCGACGACGAAGAAAAAGAACAAGAAGAAGCGUGAAAAGGAGGAGCGAGAGGCAGCCGAGAGGGAGGCUCAGGCAGCAGCAGCUGCCGCUGCGGCAAAAGUCAAGGAAGAGCAAGAAGCUGCAGCAGCUUCUACGGGCAAAAAGGGCAAGAACAAGAGCAAAAAGAAGCAAAAGCAGGAGGAGGAGGCUGCCGCUGCUGCUCAACAGGCGCAGGCCGCCGCUGCCGCUGCCGCUGCCGCUGCCGCCGCGGAAGCAAACGGGGACAGCUCGGUCACUGCGAGUGGCAAGAAGAAAUCCAAGAAGCAGCAGUCGGCCACUCCCAAUCCGCCAACCCAGGGUAAUGCUGCGGCCGCCGCGGCCGCGGCCGCUGCCGCUGCUGCUGGAAGCGCAUCCAAGUCAAAGACCGUCAAGAAGAAGAACAGUCUCGCCUCCAUGACAAUGUCCUCGAGCCCGGUUGCCAACUCUCAAUCGCAGCAACAGCAGCAACAGCAGCAACAGCAACAGCAGCCGCAGCAAAUGCCAGACGCAAGCAACAACAGUCAGCUUCAGCAGCAAUUGCAACAACACCUCCAACAGCACAUGCUCCAGCAGCAGCAACAGCUGCACCAACAGCAGCAGCAAGGCGGGAUGCACUCGAUGGGAGCAGGAGCUGGCGGGCUGCCCAACUCCAUGUUCCCGGUCGGCUACCCUCUGCAGCAACAACCAGGGCAGCAAAUGUCGUCACCAGGACUGCUAGGCGGCGGCAGUCCUGCUAUGCCAUUCUUUGGCAACAAUGCUACCGGAGGAACGGGUGGCACGACCGGCAACAACGGAGUCUUUGGAGCGCCGCCGCAGCAGAUGACGCAACAGCAGCUUCAGCAGCAGCAGGCCAUUCAAAGAGCCAUGCAACAAGUCCAGGCGCACCAAGCGGCGCAACAGCAACAGGCGGGGCAAGGCCAAGGGCAAAAUUUCCUGAUGAAUGGCAUGCAGCAGCACCUGCAGGCGUUGGCGGCGCUCCAACAACAGCAACAACAACAACAGCAACAGCAACAUCGUCACCAGCAACAACCAUCUCAUGAUCAGCAAGGCCAAGGUGGGCAAGGAGGACAGACGAACAAUGACUUGCCCGUCGGAGUGGGCCUGGCCAAUCUUCCACCGAAUUGGGGCGGCCUUCAGUAGAUUGUUAGUCGAUGAAGAAGUUGUACUGGUACAGAGUGAAAUAAGCUAUUCAGAUCCGCUCAGUCGUCAUUUAACGAGG